CCCACCUUUGAACCUUACAAAUCAUAACAGCUCGUUUCAAAGUUUCUUAUCUUUGUACAAUGGGCAGCCUCUCCUUCAACACCUUCAGCCCUCUGGAUCCACAGAGUUUCUCCGAGGAGUCCAAAAUGGUAGUCGAUUUCAUUGCUGAUUACUAUAAAAAUGUGGAGAAGUACCCAGUUCAAAGCCAAGUUGAUCCUGGGUACCUCAUGCACCAUUGCCCAGACACUGCCCCAUAUUGUCCAGAGCCCUUGGAAACCAUUCUCAAAGAUGUAUCUGAUAGCAUCAUUCCAGGCCUCACUCACUGGCAGAGCCCCAACUUCUUUGGCUAUUUCCAAGCAAAUGCUAGCACUGCUGGCUUUCUUGGUGAGAUGCUUUGCACUGGACUUAACGUGGUAGGCUUCAACUGGAUCGCUUCGCCUGCCGCCACUGAACUCGAAUCCAUUGUGAUGGAUUGGGUUGGGAAAAUGCUUAUGCUUCCACCUUCAUUUCUUUUCUCAGGAGGUGGUGGCGGUGUCUUGCAUGGAAGUACCUGUGAGGCCAUAAUUUGUAGUUUAGCUGCUGCAAGGGACAAAGUUCUCAAAAAGAUCGGCCAUCAUAAAAUAACUAAGUUGGUGGUCUAUGGUUCUGAUCAAACACAUUCCACCCUUCAAAAGGCCUCAAAGUUGGUUGGUAUUCCAACCUCAAAUUUUCGAAGCCUCCCCACUUCAUUUUCAAAUGAUUUUGCACUAUGCCCAGACGAUGUUCGCACAGCAAUGGAGGAGGACAUUGGAGCUGGCCUUGUUCCGUUGUUUCUUUGUGCCACUGUGGGAACCACAUCCUCUGGGGCUGUUGAUCCUCUGGAGGCGCUAGGGCACGUCGCAAAGGACUUCAAGGUGUGGCUCCACAUUGAUGCAGCUUAUGCAGGAAGUGCCUGUAUAUGUCCCGAAUUCAGGCACCAUUUGAAUGGGGUUGAACUCGCACACUCGAUUAGUAUGAACCCCCACAAAUGGCUCCUCACCAACAUGGACUGCUGUUGUCUAUGGAUUAAAGAACCAAAGCUAUUUGUGGAUUCAUUAUCAACUGCUCCUGAGUAUCUGAGGAACAAUGCAAGCGAAUCAAAGAAGGUCAUAGACUACAAAGAUUGGCAAAUAGCACUAAGCAGAAGAUUCAGGGCCAUCAAAGUUUGGGUGGUGAUUCGAAGGCAUGGCUUGGACAACCUCAUGUUCCAUAUACGCAGCGAUGUAAACUUGGCCAAGCGAUUCGAGGCACAUGUAGCCACAGAUCCCAGAUUUGAGGUUGUGGUGCCGAGAAGGUUUGCACUGGUGUGCUUCAGACUGAGGCCCAGAGAAGAAGGGGAGGGCACAGAACUGAACUCAAGGCUGCUAAUGGCUGUCAAUGGAAGUGGUGCUGCAUUCAUGACUCAUGCAGUGGUGGGUGGGAUUUAUAUCAUACGCUGUGCAAUUGGGUCCACAUUGACUGAGAGUAGGCAUGUUGAUAGUCUAUGGAAGCUCAUUCAGGAAAAGGCUCAACUCGUACUGCAGGAGCCUUGUUUGGCGCUGGAGGAAGACUAGUAAUAUAAUUACGUACUCUGUUGGGUCUAAUAAUGCAUGUCUCUUUCUCAUUGUAGAAGGAUAUUGUUAUGUAUGGAAAAAAAUAAGAUCUCUACUGAUCUUCAGUAGACAUCAUAUCGUAGUAAGGGGUGCGUUACGUAUGAUGUGAAGAACUAUGAUCGACAAUAAUAAAUCUCGAGCAUAGAUCCUUGCAUAGGAGUAAGUGUAACCUCAUUGCAUGCUGUUGUCCGUUGGUAUUGCAAUUAUUCUAGUGAAAUAAAUGCGCAUUUGGUUUUUAUUGCC